AUGGCCGCAAUUCCUCUGCUGAAGAACGAGCCCUUGGGUUCUGACGAUGACUACAGCGACUCUGGAGAACUCGUCACCACUCGAAGACAGAGAGCUCUGCUCCGGACGGAAAACAUUUGCUGGGCAAUUUUCUUCGCCUUCCUUCUCGCUCUGACUCUCGGCAUCUCUGCUGGCGUUGCGACACUGGUGGUGCUCAAUUUCAGACCGCAAAGCCCGGAAGUGGAUUCUUGCAUCAAGAAAACAGCUGCUGCUUCGCCUGUAACAAGAGACCUGGAUAUCACAUACCACAUCCAGCAGUUCAAUGGAUCUUUCAUGGAAGAAAACGUCUAUCGCAGGAAAGGUAGUCCUGAAGUCGAUGCAGCCUGGGAAGCUCUUGGCGUAAAUUGCCGAGCCGUGCAGAUUCCAGCAGAGGUCGGACCACAAGUAGGCUUGACGCAUAACCAUGUCCAGAUCAAUGAGGCGUACGGUGGCGGAUUUCCGGCUAACGUGGAAGGGCUUCAUCAGCGUUCUCUCGUCGCGACACACUGCCGGAACCACGUCUGA